CUUUCCCGCCAUUUGCUUCUAUCUUUCUCCUCCUCGUCCAAUCCAUACGCCGGCGACGAUGCUGUGGGUCGACAAGCACCGCCCGAGGAGCCUAGAUAAGAUCAUUGCCCACGAAGACAUCGCCCAAAACCUCAGGAAACUGGUUACGGAGCAGGACUGCCCUCAUCUCCUAUUCUAUGGCCCGACUGGUUCUGGCAAAAAAACCCUAAUCGUGGCCCUUCUCAAGGAAAUGUUUGGCCCCGGGGUUGAAAAGGUGAAGUUGGAGAACAAGACCUGGAAAAUUGAUGCUGGUACCCGAACAAUUGAGUUGGAACUGGCGAUGCUAUCCAGCACAUAUCACGUUGAGAUGAAUCCUAGUGACGCAGGAUUUCAGGACAGAUAUAUAGUUCAGGAGAUUAUUAAGGAAAUGGCAAGAAACAGGCCUGUAGAUACGAAAGGAAAAAGAGGGUUCAAAGUGUUAGUGCUGAAUCAAGUUGACAAACUAUCAAGAGAAGCUCAACAUUCUCUCCGGAGAACAAUGGAAAAGUAUAGUGCUUCAUGCAGACUAAUUUUGUGCUGCAACAGCUCAUCAAAAGUAACUGAGGCUGUCCGAUCCCGCUGUCUAAACAUUAGAGUCAACGCACCUAGUGAAGAACAGAUUAUCAGAACUUUGGAGUUCAUUGGCAAGAAGGAAAAUCUACAACUUCCACCUGGAUUUGCAGUUCGUAUAGCAGCUCAGUCAAACCGUAAUUUAAGAAGAGCAAUAUUGACUUUUGAAGCCUGUCGAGUUCAGCAGUAUCCAUUCACUGCAAACCAGGCGUUGCCACCCUUGGACUGGGAACAAUAUGUUUCUGAAAUUGCAUCUGAUAUAAUGAAGGAGCAGAGUCCUAAAAGGUUAUUUUCUGUGCGUGGAAAAAUAUAUGAACUUCUUGUGAACUGCAUUCCCCCGGAAAUUAUUUUAAAGAAACUAUUGUCAGAGUUAUUGAAGAAAUUGGACUCUGAAUUAAAGCUUGAAGUAUGUCAUUGGGCUGCAUAUUAUUACAAAGCAAUUGAGUAUUUUUGGUAUGAGGUGGUGUUCUAUGAGCGCAUGUGCCCUCCUAGCUGCUAGAUUCAGCCUCCUGAAGGACAGUGAUGAUAAUUCCUUUUGCAUAUUGACCUGUAUAUCGACAUUAGCUUUUCAUUGCUGUGCAACCAAAGGUCUGUUUCAUCAUUUUCUCUAGUUCGUACUUUGAUCAAAUUCUGGUUUUUAUUAUCUUAAGGCUGAUGAAUGACAAUGACCGCCUAUCCCAAAGGCUUAAGCUGCUGGGGAAGAGCCAAAUUGAAUUUAUUAUAUAACCUCUCUUAAUUAGGAAAUUGAGAUAAGAAUAGAUGAAUAUAAGGAGAAGGGUGAGAGAACCAAAGAGAAGAAUAACUUCAUUCAAACAUCAUAACCUGAUAUUGCUUUACAACUUUUCUACUUAUAGGCUAUGCACCAAAAAGAUAGGACAAAUAUAAUUCUAUAGGAAACAUGGAAUUAGUAGGAAUCUUAAGGAAUUCUCACUAAUUGACACAUUCUAUUCUCUAUUACAUUAACUAAAAUAAAAUAAAAAUAUAUAUAAAUCUUAGUUUAGAUCUUGACUAAGUUUACAUCUUUAAAGUGUUUCUGUAUCUUUUAGAACCUAACUAAAUUUGAGAAUCGGCUUGUCAACUUGUUAAACUAAACUAUCCCAAAAUAUUGAAUCCAAGUUAAUAGUACUUCACUCAUCUAAGCCUUAUAUGUCAACGUCUCUGCCACUAUGAUUAAGAUUUCAGGUCCAACUUAUUACCCAGUCACAUUUAAUGGCUUGCAUGUGAGGCCUAGUGACGCAUUCACUAUAUCAGUCCUUUUCAAGACAUCUAGUCACGUCUAGAACUUGAGUUCACCCAUACAAAAUUGUCAAAAUCCACCCAAAUGGGAAAAAAAAACUGGCUAGUUGACUAGUUAUAUCCAAUCGUUGACCAUUGAUAAGACAUGCACUAGUUGGCUUCUUUCUGAACUUAUUUUACUAGAAAUAUGAUAAAAAUCUUGGAAGGAUUCGCUCAACCAAUGAUGUUGUUGAUCCAUGCUCCUUUCUUACUGUUUAAUUGGAGAGAGAAAAGAAGAAAUAAAAAAUAGGUGAGGAAAUAGGAGAGAUGACUUAAAAAAUCCUGAUUACAUGGAUAGGUAAUUUAGGGAAGAAAGUUGGGGAGUUUUACAACUUAAUCUUUAUUCCCAAUGCAAUUAUCCCAAAACUAGUAAUUAGCGACAGAAAUGGAAUGAUUUCAAACUGAAAUUACCAACUUGAUUAUUUACUUGUAAUGCAUGAUUAGCACUAUAAGUAAAAUGGUUUUUGAAGUAUGCAUGUUUAUUUCUUCUCUAUUUUCUUUUUUAAAUGACCAGUACAAAAUUUAAAAUUUUCAUUCUUUUUUCCCUUUCCUAGUAAACAAGUGGUGGUGGUUCCUUCUAUUCUCAAGCAAACUGAACCAUAAUGUGAAUUCCACUUUGUGUCAACCUUUUUUAUAAUAUCAAUUGCAAAUCCUUCUCUACAUAUACUCUCAUUUUCUUCUUUAUCUUCUGAUGACUACCCUUGAAUUUUUUUUCCCCAUCUUAGUGGAGUCGAAUUUUCUCUUAAUGUUU